CUUUUCCCAUUUAGUUGCUUCUGACCUGCUGACAGAGACACAUUUAAUUUUUUUUUUUUUUAAUAUUUCCUAUUACAAAAAUGGCGAUGUCCCAGACGUAUUCAAAUAAUUCAGCUUUUAAGCCACCCAGAGCUGAACUCAACCCUAAUGAAGACUGUAGCAAAGAGCUUGACUUCGCUUUCUGGAUCAUAAACGGUGUGCUUGGUGUUCUUAUCCUUCUGGGAAAUUCCCUCACUUGUGCAACGUUUCUGCGGUUCGAAACCCUCAGACGGAGCUACAUGAAUCUACUUCUGCUGAGCUUGGCCAUUUGCGACGCUGCAAUGGCUGUGAUAGUAACGCCUGGUUAUGCUACCUUUUGCACUGGUUGCUUAUACAACUUGAGCGCGUUUUGUUGGUUUUUCGAAGGUGGCAAAGACGUUUGCCUCCUCACGUCGACUUUUAACUUGCUUGCCAUCUCUUACGACAGACAACUGGCCAUCUUUCAGCCACUCAAAUACCAGGCCAAAAUGUCGCGAAGAAAAAUCCAUGUGAUUUUAUCGGUUGUCUGGCUCACUCCUCUGUGCCUCGCUUCUCCCAGAAACAUUUGGUCCCAUACUCGGCCGGAGAAUGUUGUGGAGGAGCUCAACAGAACUUAUUCAUACAUUUUAUUGUUCGUUUUUGUCAUACUUCCGAUAAUAAUCGUGUCCGUUAUAAACGCAACAAUUUUCAUCGCUAUUAAAAAACAAAGACGUAAGGUAACCGCGUUCAACGGUACCAAUUGUGGAUUCUGGCGGAAAAAGCAAAAUCGAAUGCAGUACCUCCAGCUACGAAAAGGCACCCUUUCGUGCGUUUUAGUUGUGGUUUUUUUUGUAGUCUGUUGGUUACCCAGAACAGUUUAUUACUCUUUUUAUUUAUUCAACCGUCCAGAAUUGGUAACCCCAAUCCUUCGAAAAAUUUCAAUAACUUUUCUUUUACUGCAAUCAUCCACGAAUCCCCUAAUUUAUUGUUUUUAUCGGAAAGAGUUCCGGCGAGCUGUCAAAACUUUAAUUAAAUGUUCUUAGAGCUCGU